AUGCAUACCCGCCGCAACAACCAACUCGUCGAGACCCGCACUACUAAGCCAACACUUAUGACUCGUCUAAAGGGCCGCAACGCCAACAGUCGUACUGUCAAGACAACCACGACUAUUGAACCUCGCUCAGCAGUCGGACACACCCAUCACCACAACACACGCCGCUCUGGAUGGGGAAGCAGCACGAGACGCAAUGAGCCUGUUGUUCACCACAAGCGUCACGCCACUAUGGGUGACAAAGUCAGCGGCGCAAUGAUGAAGCUGAAGGGAACUUUGACUAGACGCCCUGGUCUCAAGGCUGCUGGCACACGGAGAAUGCACGGCACUGAUGGACGUGGAAGUCAUCGAGUUUACUAG